UCCGCGUAGUUUGGCACAUUGCACCCGGCUCCAACCCCGUUAGGUGACAGACGCUCUUCAUCCCAUCCCACGCUGCUCUCGGGGAAGCUAAAAGCAACAUGCCGUUUGAAAUGUCUGGUAAUUGGGAACAUAGGCGGAGCUGAGGAGUUUUGGAGCGCUCACCGAUGUUAUCCAGGGCAGUAAAGAUAUUGUAAAUUAUCUAGGACUGAAAGGACUAAGCAAGGUGUCAGGAAUGCUCCCUGUCCUCCUGCUAGCUGGGUUGAUUCUGGCUUUGUCCAUCCCUGGCACCUCGUGUGAAUCAGCCACGUUGCGUUUCUUGGGUCAGACGGACUUUAUCGUCAACGAAACCAGCACAUCUGUGGUCCGACUGGUUGUGGAGAGGUUGGGAGACCCUAUCAACGUGACAGCUUUGGUUCUUCUAGAGGGAGUAGACACUGGUGACUUUGAAGCCGUUAAUGCUGCAGCCUUCCUUCUGUCUACUGAGUCCAGUAAGACCAUUUUCAUUGCUGUGAAAGAUGAUGACCUGCCUGAAGCAGAUGAGACAUUUACCUUCAACCUUAAACUACAGAGUUCUUCUAAUGGUGUGACACUGGGAACACCAAACAAGGCCACCAUCACCAUCCUGUCCAAUGACAAUGCCUUUGGAAUAAUUGCCUUUAACUCUACUCAAGAGAUUGUUGUUGAUGAGUCCAGAAGAAGGAAUGUGCCUUUCACUUUAAUUAGAGAAAAAGGAACUUAUGGGACUGUCACUGUGAACUUUGAGAUCUCUGAUGGUCCCAAUGCUGCUAUUGAGGAUGUCGUUCCAGACAGAGGCAGCAUCAUAAUCCCUGUAGGACAGGCUGCUGCUCACUUCACUAUCGCCAUUCAGGAUGAUCAGAUCCCUGAGAAUGACGAAGUGUUUACAGUGAGGCUAACGGGUGUGGCAGGUGGAGCCCUUCUUAGCCCCAACGCCAGCAGUGUCCAGCUGAGAAUCCGGCGAAAUGACAGCCCGCUGCGCUUCUCCCUCUCUGUCAUGGCCGUAUCAGAAUCUGCUGGCAUCAUUGGCCUCAAUGUGACCCGUGGUCGACUGACUGACGAUGGGCCACUUAUCGGCUCUGUUGACGCUGAGGUGUCUGUGGACUACAUGGUGGUGAGUGGGGAGGGAGUGGGCAGCGCAACUCCAGGUGUGGAUUUCAGGGACCUGCAGCCAGUCAGAACCAUCACAUUCCCUCCACUGGUCUUCAGAGCCAGACUUUUGUUCAACAUCAGUGAUGAUAAUGUACCAGAAAUUGCAGAAUCCUUCCACGUUGUUCUGCUGGAGGACACUAUCAGAGGAGACGCUGUGCUGGUACCACCCAAUGCAGUGCUGGUGACCAUAGAGCCCAAUGACAAGCCUUAUGGAGUCUUGUCAAUUAGCAGCGCUGCACUCCAUCAGCCAGUCGUCAUCAAUGAAGACCUGACACAAAAAUUUGAUGGAAUAAUCAUAGUUCGAAAUGGAGGGAGCUUCGGUAACGUGUCUGCAAACUGGACAAUCACCAGGAACUCCAGCGAUCCCUCGCUGGUGUUGGAUGACUUGACGCCCCAGUUUGGUACUGUGAAAUUUGUUGCCGGUCAGGUGACGGCUGUUAUUUCAAUAAACAUAGUAGCUGAUGACCAACCCGAAGAGGCGGAGGCCUUUGUUCUGAAACUGCUGCCCAACUCUGUAACUGGAAAUGCGGAAAUUGACGAACCUAUGGAGAUGGUGUUUUACAUUCAAGACAGCGAUGAUGUCUAUGGACUUUUUCGGUUUGACCCAACCAAAGAACAGAGCAUCCAGAGCCAAACCCAGGGACGAUUCCUCUCUCUAAACUUUGUUAGAGAUGGUGGCUUACUGGGUAACGUCUCCAUGACCCUCACUGCGCUCUACAUUCCUGCAGGCCCAGUAGAUUCUAAUCUGGCCCGAGACCAGGUUCUGAAUGUCAGCAGGUCUGUUAAGGUGAUGUUUUCACGUCAACGGACAGUUCAUCUCAUACUGCCUAUCCGAAAUGAUGCCUUUCUGCAAAACGGAGCAAAUUUUUUAAUUCAGCUGAAUAAACUGGAGCUGGUUGAUAUCACCCCAUCAAUUCCUUCAAACAGCCCAAGGUUUGGGGGACCUCUUAAUCUGACGUUGACUGUCACCUCUGACAUUGCCAACGGGGAAAUUGGCUUUACAAGUAACACUACAGUAGUGCUCUAUGAACCAGAGGACACCAAUUCCAGUAUGGUUAGCCUUCCUCUGCGGCGUGACGGGACAGAUGGUCAGGCUGUGGUGUUCUGGAGUCUUCAGCCAAUAGGAGUCAAUCGAAAGGAUGUAACUGCUGACGAUCUGACACCAUUUAAUGGCUCUGUUGUCUUCCUCUCCAGGCAGAGCGAUGCCUUUAUUAAUCUUACUAUCAUGGCUGACAAUAUCCCUGAGGUCAAUGAAACCUUGCUGCUCACCUUGGACAGGAGUAACAUGGAGAAUCAGAUCCUGAAAGCAGGCUUCACUAGUAGAGAGAUUGUCAUCUUGGAAAACGAUGAUCCUGGGGGCGUGUUUGAGUUCUCCCAGUUCUCCAGAGGUCCAUGGUUUAUCAACGAGGGUGAGGCUGUGGAACUGCGUGUGGUCAGAUCUCAAGGACAACUCUUGAAGCAGUUGAUACGAUACACAGUGAUACCAUCAGGCAGUGCUGAAUUCUAUGGCGCUACAGGAAUCCUUGAGUUUAAACCUGGGGAGAGAGAGGUGGUGGUGGCACUGGUUGCAACACCUGAUGGGAUACCUGAGCUGGAUGAGACAUUUUCUGUGGUACUUAGUAGCCACAGCACUCCGCCAAGUCGUCUAGGCAACCACAGGGAGGUCAACAUCACUGUCCGCAAGAACGAUGACCCUUUUGGGGUCAUUGAGUUUAUCCAAUCAGAGCUCACACUCACCAUCAAUGAGAGCAAAGGAGAGGCAAUACACCAUGCUGUGUACCCUGUGGUGAGGAAUAGAGGUCACUUUGGAGAAGUGUCAGUUUGGUGGGGCUUAAAGCCAGCUCUGUCGGGAGAUGUUAUGCCCGUCUAUGGACAGCUUACCUUCAAAGAAGGAGAGUACUUGAAAAACCUUACCCUCUCCUCUGUACCUGAUGAGAUUCCCGAAGACAAGGAGAACUUCACCAUCACACUGUCAAAUGCAACAGGUGGAGCGAGAUUAGGAAACACACUCAGUGCCAGCUUGUGGAUUAAUAAGAACGAUGACCCCAUAUAUUUUUCUGAACCAUUCACAGCUCGUGUUCGUGAAGGAGGCGUUGUUAAUUUCACUGUCCUGAGGGCAGGCCAAGCUGACUUCCUGGCAACCGUGAUGUAUCGAGUGGAUUUUGGUGGAGCAUCAGCAGAUGACUUCACUCUUCUGACAAAUAACACAUUAUUAGUGUUUGAUGUGGGAGAAUGGAUGCAGAACAUCUCUGUGGCUAUUAAAGACGAUGACAUACCGGAGACAGAUGAACCUUUUUACAUUGUUUUAUAUCGCGCCACAGGCGAUGCUGUAGUUUAUGGCGCAGACACAGCUAAUGUGGUGAUUGAAGCCAACGAUGAUGCCAAUGGAGUUUUCUCCUUGAAACCUGAAGAAAAACCUGUGGAAGAGGGCAAGAGCAACAAUUUUUAUGUGCUAAGAGCAAGGGGACACUUUGGUAAUGUAACAGUGUUCUGGCAGCUGUUUGCCAAUGACUCAGCCACACCUCUUGAAGAAAAACAGGAGUUUGUAAACACGUCGGGUUCGAUCACCUUCAUUACUGGGGAAGAAACCAGGCCAAUUGUCCUUGAGGCUAUCGCUGAUAAACUCCCAGAGUUUAAUGAGUUUUUUGUCCUCAGAUUGGUCAAUAUUUCAGGUGGUUACCCAGGGGACGGGGGGAAACUUGCAGAGACCUCUCUGAAUGCCUCAGUCCUCAUUCCUUUCAAUGACGACCCAUUUGGUGUUUUUGCCAUUGCUGCCAACAACCUGGACCAAGAAGUUGCUGAGGACGUACUCGAUGAAAAUGAUAUGUCCUAUGUAACGUCCUUCACCAUUCUCCGGCAGCAGGGCACUUUCAGCGAUGUGCGGGUUUCCUGGGAGAUUGUGUCUGCAAGCUUCCCACAGGGCCUUCCUCUUAUGGACGAUCUACUGCUGCAAGCCUCUUUCCCAGGUGAGGUUGAGCUCAGGCCUCAUAGUAGGAGACACCACUCAGCCACAGACACUUGGUUCUUCUCUGGUCUUCCACGAGCUUACGGGACAAUCUCGCCUGAAGAUGCUCCUGCAGCUGUGGGUAACUUCACCUUCUCAGCUUGGCUCGUACCCAGACUAAACACCGAUGGUUUUGUAAUGUCCAAAGGAGAAACAAAUGGAAGUUUACACUAUGGAGUGAAGGUCCACACCAAUGAGUCACAUGUCACUCUGAUGCUGUACUAUACAGUAAUAGGUUCAAAUAAUACCCAAGUGGCAAGGGCCUCAGCAGAGAAGUUUUUGGAGGAAAAUACGUGGCUACAUGUCAUAAUAACAGUUGAUGAUGGGAUUAUUGAGUUUUUCUUGGAUGGGACCUCUAUACCUGGUGGCCUGAGGAGCAUCAAAGGAGAAGGCAUUGAUGACGGACCUUCUUCAGUAUUCAUUGGGUCAGAUCUCAAGGGUGAACAGCGCUAUACUGGACUUCUCCAGGAUGUGCGGCUGUACCACACAAGGCUUAACCGUAGCCAGAUCCACGAGCUCCACACUCAGCCUGCCAAAACAGACCUGCGAAACAUCUCGGGUUAUCUGCGGUACCGCCAGGAUGAGAGGCAGAAGUCAUUCGUUGUGGAAACCAGGGACGAUGAGAAGGAGGAGGGAGAGGAAGUGUUCUAUCUGCAGCUGGUGGCUGUGCAUGGAGGUGCGCGCCUCCCCUUUCCCAGACCCACUGCUGUUUUGAGAAUUAGGAAGAGUGACAACGCCAACGGGCUUUUUGGAUUCACUGGGGCCUGCAUACCUGAUACCGCUGAAGAGGGCUCCACCAUCUCCUGUGUGAUUGAGCGUGUGCGUGGUUCUCUGGAUUUUGUCUCCGUGAACUACACGGUUACCCAGCUGGACAGCUUGAAAAGUGACAGCCCAGCACAUGAAGACUUUGCAAAUGCAACCGGAGCUGUGGUUUUCACACCUGGACAGCGCUCGGAGGUACUGAACCUUGUGGUGUAUGACGAUAACCUCCCAGAGCUCUCAGAGUCUUUUCAGAUUACUCUAGUGUCAGCAGAGUCUGCUGAUGGAAAGCCAGGCUCCACCCCCACCAGCGGAGCUAGCAUCGAUCCCAAUAACUCUGUUAAUACUGUCACUGUCAGAGCAAGUGACCACCCUUAUGGACUGUUGCAGUUCCAGCCCAGCCCGCCUCUGGAAGGUCUGAUCUUACCAGCUUUACAACCUGCACACAUCACUGUUCAUGAAGAGGAUGGUCAGAUCCAGCUGCCAGUCACCAGAGCCCAAGGUCUAAUAGGAAAAAUCGUUGUGGGGUACAGAACAACCCCCUUCACAGCGUCUAGCCCUGAAGACUAUAAGGACUCGACGGGUAUUCUAGAAUUUCUUCCAGGUGACAGGGUGAAGUUCAUCAAUGUGACCAUUGUAGAUAAUCCCGUCCCAGAGCUUGAAAAGGAUUUUAGGGUGGAGCUCUACAAUGCAGAUGGAGGAGUUGAUCAUUUUCUACAUGGUGAAGCGAGUGGUAGUGGGGAAAGUGAUUUUGACUUCCUCCCUCCACCCUAUCAGCACCCUGCCAACUUGGGAAUUGCAUCUCGAAUUACUGUCACCAUCGCCGCUUCUGAUGAUGCUCAUGGAGUGUUUGACUUCAGUCCUCAAUCUCUACUCGUUAAUGGGACAGAACCAGAGGAUGGGCUUAGCUCCAUCAUCCUGAUGGUGGUUCGGUCUUUUGGAGACCUCUCUAAUGUGACUGUGUACUGGGAAGUUGAUCCCAGUUCUGAAGGAGAGCUCCUUACGAGGUUUGGCAACAUCUCCUUUGGUGUAGGGCAGAUAUCACAGAAUAUAAUCAUCAGAGUAGCCCAAGAUGAGAUCCCAGAGUUGGACAAGAGCUACACUGUGUCUCUGGUUAACGUUUCAAAAGGUCGUCUGGGUGUCCAAACAUCCUCCACUCUGACUGUGUUUGCCAGUGAUAAUCCUUAUGGUCUUUUUGUAUUCGCUAAUAUAUCGAGAUCUGUUCGUCUUCCUGAAGCGGAUGUAACUGUCUCACUCACUAUCCAACGACUGAAGGGAACCAUGGGUCAGGUGCAAGUCACAUAUGGGACACUAAAGGAGUCUGACCCAGAGCCUUACAGGACUCCUGGUGUGGGCCGAGCCACUGAAGGGCAGGACUUUGUUUCCCUUCUUGAUUCAGUUGUGUUUUUGGCCAAUCAGACUGCUGCAAACAUCACACUCAGAGUGCUUGACGAUGAUGAUCCAGAACGAGAUGAGAGUGUGUUUGUCAAACUGAUCAGUCUUUAUCUCAUCAAAGGAGAUCAAAACAGACCCAUCUUGACGUCCCCCUCUCUGGGCCCUUUGACUGACAUUGUUGCCCAGGUGAUAGUAGAGGCCAGCGACGACGCUUUUGGAGUCCUUCAGUUGUCUGCGUCUGCUGUCAGUGUUGCAGAACAUUAUGUUGGGCCCAUAAUAAAUGUCACGCGAGUCGGUGGGAUUUUUGCUGACGUGUCAGUCAAAUUCAGAGCUAUUCCUGUAACUGCCACAGUCAGCGAAGACUACAGUGUAGCCUCGACUGAUGUGGUCCUUUUAGAGGGAGAAUCCAGUAAAUCUGUUCCAAUCUACGUUAUUAACGAUCUGGUUCCUGAACUGGAAGAGACCUUUGUCAUUGAGCUGAUCAACCAAACAACCGGAGGAGCUCUGCUGGGAGAGCCCACACGUGCCGUCAUCACCAUAUUGCCUUCUGAUGACCCUUUUGGUGCCUUUGUCUUUCAGGCUAACCCGGUGACAGUUGAAGAACCAGAAUCCACCUCUGCUGAGGUCACGUUGCCUAUUGUGCGCAAUGCUGGCACUAUUGGAACGGUGGCGGUCCAGUGGCGGGCAACUGUUAAUGCUAAACUUGCAGAGGGGGAUAUCAGACCCACAUCUGGAGAAGUUAAAUUUGCUCCUGGGGAGACUAGGAAGACGAUCAAGAUUGAAAUUUUACCUGACGAUGUACCUGAAAUUACUGAGGUUAUUAAAGUAGAACUAAUCGGUGCCAGUAAUGGAGGAAACUUGGGAGCUGAUACGUCUGUUAACAUAAUAGUGCCUGCAAAUGACAACCCAUAUGGGACAGUUUACUUUGAACAGACUGUUUAUCGUGUUCAGGAGCCACUCGUGGGAGCUUACGGUGCUAAUAUCACUGUCCGCAGGAGAGGAGGUCACUUUGGUCGCUUGGAGAUUACGUACAGCACCUCUGACUUUGACAUUGUUGGCUCGGCUCAGGCUCAGGACCAAAAUCUAUUGAUCUACUAUUACUCUCCGAAGUCAGGUGUUCCAGCCGAUGGCCUCUUUACGACAGUGAAUAUCACAAGUCAAAGAGACCCUGUGGCUGCAUGUGCUGCUGCCUGUUUGAGAGAAGAGGCCUGCCAGGCCUUCUCUCUGUCAUCAGCCGUGACUCCUCCGUCCUGUUCGUGGGUUACAUCCAGGACUGACCAGCUGACUCCUAGAUCUCAGGUUUUGACUUAUGUGAAAAACACCACUGCAGCUGCUGUCUUGUUUAGUGCCCAAGCUGUGGCGGGAAGUGAUUACACCCCUGUCACUGCUCAAAGUGCCUUUAUGGAGGAUGGAUCUGGAACUGCCAACCUAUCGGUCUUAAUCUUGACUGAUAAACUCCCAGAAAUGGAUGAAAGUUUCUCUAUACAGAUUUUACAGGUGAAGUUGGUCAAUUUGACCGUGUCACAGAAGAACUUGCCUACAAUUGGUCUGCCAGCUAAGGCUGUAGUCACUAUAGGAGUGAAUGGAGAUGCAUUUGGCAUAUUUUUGAUCUACAGUCUCAGUCCCAAUGCCACUAAGGAAGGACUAUACCUUGAGGUUCGAGAAGAGCCCACAGUUGUGCCGCUGGUCAUUGAGAGAAGAGGAGGAAAUCUGGGCACUGUCACUGUAGAGUGGAGAUUUGUUGGAGGAAAAGCCACACCAGAUGCUGAUUUCAUUGGGAGUGGAGGGACUCUGGUCUUUGAUGGUGAUCUUAAAAAGACAGUACAGGUAGUAAUCAGAGACGAUUCGGAACCCGAGGACAACGAGAACCUCAUGAUUGGGCUUGUUAACACAGCUGGGGGAAGCCGUAUCCUCCCAAGCUCAGACACUGUAACCAUAGUGAUUCUAGCAAACGACAAUGUGGCAGGAAUAGUAGGAUUUGAUCCAGGCUCACGAUCUGUCAUUGCCAGAGAGGGCGAGAGGUUGACCUUAUUGGUUUUGAGGUCAGCUCCAGGUUUGGGUAACAUCACAGUAGACUGGACUGUUCAAGGUCCUCUUGCUCACCGCACUUUUGUUCAAACAUCAGGGACAAUUUUCUUCAAUGAGGGACAGCUAAAUGGCACUGUAGUGCUGCAGCUUAUGGAUGACGUCACACCAGAGAACCAAGAUCAGUACAGAGUGUCACUUUCCAACCUACGAACAUUUGGUGUUGUAGUGACUGGCCAUGCUGCACUGGACAUUCAAGGAAGUGAAGCAGUACUCACUGUCGACACCAGCGAUCAGCCGUACGGGCUGCUAACGAUCGCACCGUCAUCCCUCAGGGUGAGCACAGAGGAACGGGACCAGAUAAUAAAAAUCUACAUCAACAGAGAGUUCGGCACCUCAGGAGCGGUGAAUAUUAGCUAUGCGGUUAUUAGAGGUUCACUACAAAAUCUGUCUGAGGUGGAGGGUGCUCUUGCUGAUCCGGGACAAGACUUUGUUUCUGGCACUGGCUCUGUGGUCCUUCAGGAAGGACAGACUUCAGUUCCCAUUCCAGUCACCAUCCUGGAGGAUGACAUUCCAGAGCUGCAGGAGUUCUUCUUGGUCAACAUAACAUCUGCAGUGCUCAUCACAACUCUUGCAACUGUUCCUCAACUUGACACCAGUGGCUUGGUGGCAGAAGUCACCAUUGUUGCUAAUGAUGGGAUUAGAGGGAUCAUUGAAUGGACAAGCACCAUGUAUGAAGUGAAUGAGACAAUGGGAGCACUGACUCUUGUGGCGUACAGGAACAAGGGGACAUAUGGGAAUGUCUCCCUUUUCUUCUUUGCUCAGAACUUGGAAGCCCAACAGGGACUUGACUACAAUACUAGUCAAACGAGGCUCCAUUUUGUUGACGGUGAAAGGCAUAAGUUUGUGGAGGUGCAGAUAAUUGAUGACACAAUUCCAGAGGGAGCAGAGAGAUUCCAGCUAAUCUUGUCUGAGCCUUCACCUGGACUGGAGCUUGGCAGAAAUACUACAGCUACUGUAAAUAUCCUGGCCAGUGAUGAUGGACAUGGUGUCAUUUCUUUUAACACCAGUGAUCAUUUCCUGUUACGGGAGCCUACCUCUAUGUCACAGCUGAGUGACAGUGUAGCUAAACUCUAUGUGGUCCGUAACCCAGAGGAAGGUACUUUUGGCACAGUCUCGGUUCAGUAUACCAUCGUAGAUGCCAACGGCAGCCUGGCAGAGGGUGAUGUGAGGCCAACGCAAGGCUUAGUAGUUUUGGAGGAUGGAGUCCGAUUUAAGAUGCUGGAGGUCCGAGCAAUACGUGAUGCUGAACCUGAAGGGAAUGAAACAUUCACAUUGACCCUGUUUAACCCAACAGGAGGCGCACGACUUGGGGACCAGCUCCAAAUUCUUGUCACUGUUCUGGAGAACCUGGCCCCUUCAGGCUUGUUCCGAAUCGGACCCUCUCUGAACAGAACCAGCACAGAAGUGGUGGCUGAAGAGGGAAGCAGAGCUGUCUUCCUCACUGUCUCUCGCAGUAAUGGCUUGGAGUCAGCGGUUAGUGUAGAGUGGGAGAUGCAGUCUGGCACAGCUACAGCUUCUGAGGGUUCCCUCCUAGUCAUUGGUCUGUAUCAAAGCUUUGAGAACAAUCCUACAUCUUCUUGGUGCUCCAUUCGAGGAGAGUCUUCCUACCUGGCUUUAAGGCUUGACCUGAAGCCUGCAGUUGGGGCCGUCCACACUCUAGCUACUCUGUAUCGGUGGCAAGGUGUUUUUGUGCCGAUACAGUCUGUCAGAAUCCAAGAUCCAGCCUCAUGUGUUGGGUUUGCAGUCAAUGGUUCUACCUACAUUGCCAUUACUCAUGGUGGCCCUCCCUUCUACCCUGCUGCAAACCUUAGCAUCUUUAAACUGCAGAAGGACCUCAACAUAACAUUGGAACAAAUCGUAGGAGUUGAAGGCCUGGAUGUGAAACACCUAUCCACUGGAGACAAAGAUUACCUAAUAGCAUCUAGCCAGAUUUUUGUUUGGACAGGCAGCUCCUUUUCACUCCACGGGACUCUCAACUUUAAACAGGACAUCCUGAGUGUAUCUCCAUUUAUUCAUGCAAAUGCGCUCUAUCUGCUGGUGUGCAUUGACAGCCAGAGUGGGAGUUGCCAACUUCUUCAGUGGAGCAAUGGCAUAUUUCAGAAUCCACAAACUCUUCCACUUUCCGGCAGAGCCAUUCAAGUGGAAGUAGUGAACACAAGAAGAGAGGAUACUCUGCUGUUGUUUGCUGUUGAAGGUCCCUCGCCAUCCUGCGAAGUUUUACAGUGGCGUUUAGCAGAACCUUCCCCACAGCACCAUCAGUCCAUUCCUCACCCAGGGCUCGCCUCCAUUCACUCCUUUACUGUGCCGUCAGGGAUCACAUAUGCUCUGCUAACUGGAAGAAAUGGCUCUUCACUUUACUCCUGGAGACCUGAUGUCAAUCUGUUCGCCAUGAUCCUGAGGGCACCUAGAGCCAACAACUUCCUCUCCUUCAUGGUCCCAUCUCUCAAUGGCACAAAGGCCCUUCUGGCUUCCUCUGAAGAUAAUAGCUCAACUAUCUAUGAGUUGACCUCUGUCUCAAAUCAGUCUGACUUCAUACCAAGCUCCGGCGAGUUAUACUUUGCUCCCGGUAACAGGGAACUUGAUCUAGCAGUCAACGUCAUUGACGAUGAUAUCCCUGAGGUGGAGGAGGUUUUCGGAGUUAAGCUGAAGAAUCCAAAAGGAGGGGCAGAGAUUGGCUUUGGUGGUGAGGUAACAAUUAUUGUCCCCACUAAUGAUGAUGCCUAUGGGGUUAUUGGGUUUGCUCAGAAUUCCUUAUACAUGGAGGUAGAGGAGUUGGAACAAAAUAAUCAAAUUUCUCUCAACGUUGAGAGAAAAAGAGGACAUUUUGGUCGACUGACUGUUCACUGGGUAGCUAACGGUAGUUUGGCAGACAUUUACCCCACGUCCGGAGUGGUGACGUUUUCUGAAGGUCAGACUGUAGCCAUCAUCUCGUUAGCCAUAGUAGCAGAUGGCUUGCCUGAGUUAUCUGAAAGUGUCAUAAUCAUCAUCCGGGACGUCACCACUUUGGGCCUUCAGAACAUCCAACAAGGUGCAGUUAUUGACAGGCAGCGGGCGCAGGCUCUGCUUACAAUCUUACCAAAUGGCUCCCCCUACGGCGUGAUUGGAUGGCAUCUGGAUUCCCUCUUUACACUAACACAAGAACCACAGAGAACUCCAGUCAAUGUGACUCUUUCUAUAGUAAGGGAGCAGGGAUCAAGAGGUCAGGUGGCGGUCCAUUUCCAGACAAAACCAGCCUUGAACCAACACCCUUCCAAUCAGGCUUCUGCAGGAGAAGACUACUUAGCCAGAGAUGACACUAUUAUUAUGUCCAACGGUGCCACAGUGGCGCUCGUCUCUAUCACUAUUCUACCAGAUGAUGUCCCAGAGCUUGCAGAAAGUUUCCUGGUAAAUAUCACUGGAGUGGAGAUAGUAAGUGGGUCUGUUGGAGCAGGCCAGCCAAGUCUAAAGAGGCCUGGCAUGGAAGUAGCAGAAAUCACCAUCCAGGAGAACGAUGAUCCAAGAGGAGUUCUGCAGUUCAACAUCUCUGAGGAUUUACCUGGAAGUGUGCUGGCCUAUGAGGUACCACCUCCAGACAAUAUCCUUCUUCUGUCUGUGGUACGUCUUGCUGGCACAAGUGGAAGACUGGUUGCCUAUUGGGAGGCUCAGCCGAUCACAGCUGACCUCAAUGACUUCACCCCUGCAUCGGGAAACAUCACUUUUCAAGAAGGCCAGAAAAAAUCUACUAUAGCCAUCACCAUCUUGGAUGAUGAACAAGUAGAGGCCUCAGAGACCUUCAGAGUGAAUUUGCUACGGGUGAUCGGUGGCGCUCGUCUCGGACAAGUGACCUUUGUAACUGUUGUGAUUCCAUCCAAUGACUCGCCUCUCGGACGAUUUGGAUUUCAAGCCUUGGAGAUUGUGGUUAGUGAGCCCAAGUUUGCGAAUGAUCCCUCAGCUGUGGCGACACUCACAGUGGUGCGUAGUUCAGGAGGUAAAGGUGCAGUGGUGCUGGUGUGGCAGGUGGAAGACCAAGCUAUAGAUGAUCUCUCUCCUGUUAAUGGCACACUUGUCUUCAAUGAGACUGAGCCUGUCAAGUCAUUUGUGAUCAGAGCCCUUGCUGAUAAUUUGCUAGAAGGAGAUGAACGUUUCAUUAUUCGCUUGCUUCCUGCUGACAGUGGUGCUAUCAUCGACCCUUUACAUGGAGUGGCUACAGUCACCAUCAGGGCAGACAAAGCUGCACUGGGGAUUAUUGGAAUAGCAGAGUCAUCUCGGAACAUUAUCAUUGGAGAACCUCGCGGAAAGUAUAACGGGACUGCUGUGGUCAACCUCGUGCGAGGUCCAGGUGUUUUUGGAGAUGUCCAAGUGUAUUGGAAUAUUACUCCUGCUUUGGUUUCCGAAUUCGAAACAAUUUCUGGCACUGUCACUAUGCGUAAUGGCCAGUCUGUUGCCACCAUUACUCUGAAGGUCCUUGAUGACGAACUCCCAGAAGAGCGACGUGAUUACCAGCUCUCACUGACCUCUGCAACAGUAGGGCUGGAAAUAAACCCCAUUGCCAGGGAUGCUACGGUUACCAUGGCAGCAAGUGAUCUCCCCCAUGGACUUUUCUCUUUCAACCAACUCCAGCUCACAACAAAAGAGGAGGAAAUGGUUAAUGUGACAGUGAUUCGCUCAUAUGGCAGUUUGGGCAGCGUGUUUGUGACUUAUCAGACUUCGGGCUACACAGCGGUUAGCGGAGUGGACUUUACUCCAGCUUCAGGACGAUUACUGUUUACACCAGGCCAAACCUCACAACAUGUCACGUUGCAUAUCCUGGAUGACAAUCUUCCAGAAAGACCCGAACUGUUCUUUGUUAACAUUACCCACGUAGAGCUGCUCAAUCUCAGUGCGGUGGACUACACAGUGAGGGAGUCAGGACUGCAGCUGGACCAACCUCCAGCUAUUGGAAACAUAUCUUCUGUUCUUGUGGUUAUACAGCAGAAUGACAAUGUUGAAGGUAUCCUGGAGUUCAGGCAGGACUCCCUUAACAUUACAGUUGAGGAAGAUGUGGGCUAUGUGCUGAUCCCAGUGGUGAGGAGGGUGGAUUCCUAUGGAACGGUCUCUGCCUACUUUAUUUCGAGAGGCUUGAGUGCGACCCCUGAUCUCGACUACAUCCUGCACAAUGACUCCCUGGUGUUUAUCAGUGGCCAGAAUAUAAGCUUCAUCAAUGUCACUAUUGUAGAUGAUAUGGACAGUGAACCUUCUGAGAUAUUUGAACUAAUUCUGACUGGAUCCACUGGCGGAGCAGUUCUGGGCUCCAAAUAUGUUGCAAGGGUCACCAUUGGUAAGAGUGACUCCCCAAAUGGAGUGGUCCGCUUUGUAAAUAAAAGUGUAAUCGCAGUGGUGAACCCGGACUCUACUUUGAAGCUGAGUCUUGUUUUGGAAAGAGCAGGAGGCUUUUUGGGAAAUGCAACGGUAGUCUGGAACAUCCUCGGUCCAAACAGCAGAGACGUUCUGCCUGCUUUAAAUACUGACUUUAGAGCUCCUGUGAGUGGCUCUUUCUUUUUUAGAGAUGGACAGACGAGAAUGGGUAUCAUAGAGCUACAGAUUCUGCCUCAUGGAGAAGUGGAAGUGGAAGAAACAUUUAUUAUAGAGCUGAGCGUUGUUUCUGGAGAGAUGGAUGUUGAUCCUCAGGCCGGUUCAGUAACACUCAAGAUAGAGAAGUUUGGAGAUCCUAAUGGUAUAGUCCAGUUCACUCCAGAUGCUCUUCAACAACGCAUCAUCAAUGAGUCUACAGAGGCAGAAGGCCCACUCAACAUUUCCUUGUUGAUCAAACGCAGAGAGGGAACUAUGGGCAACAUCACAGUCCAGUGGCAGAUUCAGAGUGACUCAGACACAACGGGUGACUUCCAAGCCUUAGUGGGCUCUGUGAUGAUUGUGGAAGGCCAAAGGGAGGCAGAGAUCAUCCUGAGGCUGAUGCCUGACACAGUGCCAGAGCUGGAGGAGCUUUACAUCAUCCAGCUUGUAGCUGUGGAUGGUGGAGGGACUCUGGAUGCCAACCCAGACCUGAUCAGAACUAAAAUAAGGGUACCUGCUAACGAUGAUCCCCAUGGUGUGUUUUCUCUGGGCUCUCAACAGCAGGCUGUAGUGGUGGUGGGUUCAGGGCCUCUGAUCACUAGAUCUCUGGUUGUGAAUGUAACUCGACUUGCUGGGCUGUUUGGCAAUGCCAGUGUUGGCUAUAAGAUAAGUGGUAGGGGAACGGGACUGAUGGACAUCCAGGAGAUGCUGGGAGGCCAAGCUGAAGGAAGGCUGCUUAUGGUAGAAGGUCAGCCCUUUAGUCAAAUCACUGUCCCCAUCAGUAGCCAGGCAUUUUUGUCAUUGGGUGAAAGCUUUACAGUGGAGCUGACUGAUGUUAGACUUGUGAGCGCUCUCCAAGGCUCUUUGCCGCGUCUGCUUUCUGACGGCAGUUCUGCAGCAGUGACCAUACCAGAAAAUGCUGCCAGCUCAGAGGUUGGAUUUGCCUCACUGGCUCUGCAAGUUUUAAGUGUAGAAAUAGGAACAUGUCAGGCAAAGGUGACUCGAACGGGGCUUUUUGGUAAUGUCACGGUGCAGUGGAAAGCUGGUUAUCCUUCAGGGCAGAAUCCAUCUGGCUUCAAAACUGGGCAAAUUAUUCCAAACUCAGGUUCUCUCACCUUGGCUCAUGGAGAAAAGACAAAGGCCAUAGCUUUUACAGCUGUUGCUGAUCCAUUAGAGGCUGCUUCCUAUGCUAUCCACCUCACUGAUCCUGCAUCAAACAUUGGUAGACAGGGUGCUGUUAAGUUAAGGUCAGGCUUUACUGUGGCAGAAGUGGAACCAUUGGGCAUUUACCAGUUUGCUCCUGAUUCUCGGCAACUUGUUAUCGCAGAGGACAUCCAGACAAUAACUCUUUAUGUUCAGAAGCUCUACGGGUCCCGCAGUAACAUGACCUACUUGUCCUACACAACAUCAGGGGGCAGCGCCACAGCGGGAGAGGAUUUUGUUGCUGUGUCAGCUGGCCAAAUGUUGUUUGACUCACCUCAACAAACUAACGCUUCCUUCCGCCUUUCAAUCAUUGACGAUGCCCUGUCAGAACCCGACGAGUACUUUUACGUUAACUUGACACACGUUAAGAUCCCUACUCCAAAUUUAACCUGGGCAGAUACACCCCCUCGCAUUAAUCCACAGCACAGGGUGUCUACUGUGACCAUUCUGGCCAGUGACGUAACUGGUGGAGUUUUGAGCAUUGGACCUGAGCUUGUCCAGGUGCAAGAGGACAGAGACGAGGCAAAUCAGCAGGAGCGGAGGGUUGUGCUGCGGGUACGCAGGUCAGACGGUGUUGCAGGGACUGUGAGGGUUCGGCUCCAGGCAUAUGGAGAUGGAAGCACAACGCGUCCUCCCUUCACUCUGGAGCCUGACAGAGCUCUUGCAAAGGAAGAGCAGGACUUUCGCUUGGAGUCCACUAUAGUGUCUUUGGAAGAUGGCGAGAAAGAGAGGGAAGUUGUCCUCAUCAUCCUGGAUGACUCUGAGCCAGAGGGACAGGAAGUAUUCUUCAUCUACCUCAGUGAUCCGGAGGGAGGAGCUCAGAUCGCUGACCGACCGUCCCAGGGCUUUGGAUCAUUCGUAAAGAUCACUAUCCUUGGGAGUGACCUUCAUAACGGUAUUGUAGGCUUUGCUUUUGGCUCCUUGAUGGGUCAAGUUCUCGACGAAGAUUCAGUGAACAGAACUGCUCUGCUCUACCUACAGAGACAGAAAAACAGAGCUUUUGAAGAUUUGCAGGUCUCGUGGAGGGCUACCUUCAGCGAGGAAUCUUUAAGCCUUGUUAAAGACGGAGUCAACCUAACCUCACAGCUUGUGCAGACUUCAGGAGUGGUGAUUUGUCGGAGAGGAGAGAUCCUCUGUGCUCUCAUUCUGGAGGUUCUGGAUGAUGUGGAACCAGAAUACCAGGCCUGGUUCUUGGUGGAGAUUUAUCAAGUGGGAGCUGGUGCCUCCAUCAAUGAGACAACUCGUUUUGCCAACAUCACCUUGGCGGAGAGCGACAGUCCGCAAGGUGUUGUGUACUUCUCUGUGGGUCAUAGACUGCCAGUCGUUACUGUGAUGACCACAAGGCUCAGCCUGCAGCUCUACAGGCAAGCGAGCACAGCUUCAGCCAUGACUCUUCAGUAUCAUACAGUGGAACUUACCAAGGAAGAGAUGGUUGGUCCUUAUGUCAUCUGGCCUGCUAAAGCGGGGAUGGAUUUUCCUAAACAAGAGGGUCAAGUAACCUUUGAACCUGGGAGCCACGUGACAACACUAGACAUCUACUUGACGCCGGACCUCGCCUCAUCUUCACCCACUCCGAAGCGCUUCCAGGUGGAGCUGUACAGUCCUUCAGGAGGAGCCAGUGUUCACUCCCAGUUUGGACGGGCCAAUGUGACUCUGGUGUCAAAUGCAGCAAGUCAGUCUGUGUGGGGCUUGUUAGAUCUAUUACAUCAGCCUCUGAACCCAACAAUAAUAAAUCAGGUGCUGCAAGGACUUAAGAGUAAAUUCACAUCAGCUCUCUCUCGCGAACAGAUGACAGCUGUUCUUGAAACCCUUGGGAAGGUACUAGCAGAGGCAGAGCGGAUUCCCCUACAUUCAAGCAGCCAAAAUUUGACCUUUGACCUAUUAUGUGUUCUGGCCAAUCCUAGCCGUAUUGACACCCGAGGUCUCAGUCACCUUGCUGAGGUGGCAGAGCGAUUUGCUUUCUCCCUUAUCUCUCAUCUCCAGUGUGAGAUAAUGGGCACUGUCAUGGAAACAUGUCCAUUUAUGACCAUAUCUGCCUUCCAGUGGUACCCAACCCAAAUUAAUGGGCACAAAUACAGGGGCCGUAAUGCUGACUUCUUCCAGCUCCCAGAUGCACUGCUGCCAGUGCCAGCAGCCUCAUCAGCAGACUGCAGAAACCUCAGCAGGAUUCAGCUGACCGAGUUCAGAACUGAACACUGGUUUCUUACCAAUGAUACAAUCACAGCUGCUAGUGGGAAGGUAUUUUCAGUUAGUCUUCAGGAGAGAGGGUCACGACCCCUAGAAGACGGCAACGAGGUGAUAUAUCGCGUCAACGCUCCUGGUCAGCAAGUUAAACCAGGAGCAUCUGUGUGCCUUCUUUGGAACCAAACCACUGCAAGCUGGUCGUCUGAUGGACAAUACUGCAGGGUUGUGAAGGAAGGUGGCAGUUAUGUGGAGUGUGCAUGCUCCCACUUGUCUGUCUAUGCAGCGCAUGCAGAGUUUGUUGCACUUGCAUCCUACAACGAGGCCUUCUUUGCAUCAGGAUUUAUUUGUAUCUCAGGGUUUGCAUUGGCCAUCAUAUCCCAUGUACUGUGCUCCCGUUCUCCGAUGUUUGCUGCCAAACUACUCACUCACAUGUUGGUUGGCUGCCUGGGAACUCAGAUAUGCUUUCUGGUGUCAGCUUUCCGUGGUCCAGUAUUUUCAGAUGACAGCUGUGCUACUCUGGCGCUAUUCUGCCACUAUUUCUAUCUGAGCCAGUUUUUCUGGAUGCUCAUACAGGCUGUGAACUUCUGGCAAGUGCUGGUGAUGAAUGAUGAGCACACAGAACGGCGCUACCUGCUCUACUUCCUCCUCGGCUGGGGACUUCCUGCCUUAGUCAUCAUCGUCCUGGUUAUUGUUUUGCUCGGUGGCUUUGGGUGGACCAUUCAUGCUGCAUAUGGACUGGUGAAUGGAGAUGUGUGCUUCAUCCCAAACAUCUAUGCAGCUCUUUGCACAGCGGUGUUGGUGCCUCUCAUCUGCUUGGUUGCAGUGCUGGUUAUAUUUAUCCACGCCUACCAGGUAACUGAGCAGUGGAGGGCCUACGAUGACAUAUAUCGUGGAAGGACAAACAGCACAGAGGUGCCGCUGGUCCUUUACUUGUUUCUGCUCAUCUCGCUGGUCUGGUUGUGGGCGGGACUCCACAUGGGCUACAGAUACCUGUGGCUCCUCAUCCUCUACGUCAUCUUUAACUGCCUGCUGGGCUUGUAUGUGUUUGCAGUGUAUUUCGUCAUGCACAACCAGUUAUGUUGGCCGACUAAAGCGAGUUACACUGUGGAGAUGAAUGGCCACGACCGCCCUGAUUCGACCUUUCCAGCCGGGGGACCAACAGCUGUGGGAGGCGAAAUUAGCAAAUCAACCCAGAAUCUCAUCAGCGCCAUGGAAGAGAUUUCAGCAGACUGGGAGCCAUCUUCACUGCGGACCAGCAUUCAGCCCACCAGCGUGUUUAAGCCGAGCCCUGUGAUGGAGACGUACACCACAGAGGGAAGCUUCAUCAACACCAACCUGGUCACCACAGACGAGGAGUCGCAGGACUUUGAUGACCUCAUCUUCGCCUUAAAAACUGGGACUGGCCUUAACAUCAGCGAUAACGAGUCCAUACCUGGAAGCCACGACGGAGGCAGCGUUGCCAACUCCCAGAUCGUCGAGCUGAGGAGAAUCCCCAUCGCCGACACCCACCUCUAACCCUCUCACUUCACACAGAGACGUUACAAGACAGUAUUUUUAUAUUGUAAAACCUUUGCACUAAAAUGUUUUUUUUUGGGGUUUUUUAAGUAAUCAAUCAUUUUCAUAUACGUGUUUGAUACUGUACAUUGUUUUUACUGCACCUCUGUUCACAUAAAUACGUAAAUGUACUAAAUUUAUUUUGUAAAAGUUUGUUUCUUUUUUUUAUGUAUAUUUUGUUGACUUGUUUUUUGUUUUUUUGUUUUUUUUCUGUAGAGUCGGAUUAAUCGUUGUACCUCUCAAGUAAAACAAGUUCUGCUGCUGAGAAUGGAGAUUGUGUAACACUGUCAAUAAAUAAUGCAGCGCAUAUUUUACAUGAAGACAUGCUGAUCUCAUUUUUGCAACUCGGAGGUUUUUGUCCCUCUCCUGAAGGAUUACGUAAGCAGCAUGCAGUUGGGGUCACUCACUCAUGACAGACGGCUUUGAAAAAUGACGAGCUCUGCGGUGGAAUUUCACAGACUGUCCAUCUUUGGAGUG